UUCACUGGUGACUGGUCUCUCUCCAAACUUUUACGUGUACCUCUCAUCACAGUUCAUUGUUGGUGUUGCUCUUGGAGGAUUUUGUAUCAACAGCAUAAUCCUUGCCACCGAGUGGAUUGGAGUCGCUCAGACAUCCUAUGCAGCCUGUCUGAGUCAAGUCCUGGCCGCUUUGGGGCAGGUCAUGUUUCUUGCCGUUGUUUAUUAUGUCAGGGACUGGAGACUGGACCAGUUUAUAAUGGCUGCAUCACACUUGCAUUUGUGGUUGUCUACAUAUGGUUUAUUCCAGAGUCUGCCAGAUGGCUUCUUGUCGGCGGAAGAACUACAGAUGCGAAAGAACUCAUUCAGAAGGCAGCGGUGAUCAACAAACGUACAGUUCCAGAUUCAUUAGUGGAGAAGGUCCUAAAUGAAAAGCCUGUUGAAAGGUAUACAAAUCCUUUUUGCUUCCCGUGUGCUCAGGAAAUAUUUUUUAACUAUUACCUUCGCAUGGUGUGCGUUAAAGCGUACUACAGCCUCUCUCUGAAUGUGGGGAAGUUCGGCCUUGAUGUUUUUCUCAAUCAACACAUAUUCGGCCUCUCUGAGAUUCCGGUCCACUUCCUCUGCAUGUGGUCUUUGGAAACGGCUGGAAGGAAGGUGUCUCUGAUGGGUGCCCUCAUACUAGGAGGGUCUCUCUGUCUCCUGACUCUUAUAGUUCCACAAAGUAAUUACAUCGCCAUCGCUGCUCUUGCCACAUGUGGAAGGUUUCUCAUGAACGGGGCAGGCAGUGUUUGCAAUGUUUAUAUUCAAGAACUGUUCCCCACCUCCAUUCGUCAGACGGCCACGGCUCUGGGCUCCACUGCAGCACGUGCUGCAAGUAUGUUGUCUCCUGUGGUGAACCUGCUGGAGAUCUAUCAUUUCCCUAUUCCCACUCUGGUGUUUGGCAGCCUGGCGAGUGGGAUAAUGGCCUUCCUGCUGCCUGAGACCAGACACACUGAGCUGCCUGGUUCAACAGAGGAGGCAGAGGGCAAGAGGGAAAAUAACACACUAUCCCUCCAUUUCCCAAAAAGCGACCAAAAAUGAUAAAUCCUGCA